AUGGCUGCCAAAGACGCCAAAGUGCUCUCGACAGAGUCCCUGGCAAGUACACCCUCGAACGACGACGCGCGGUGGAUUCGACUGCGCAAGAUCGACUACCAGGACCCGAACGGCACUGCUCAGACGUGGGAAACAGCAGAGAGAACCACGCGCCCCAAGGGUGGCGAGAUCGACGGCGUGGGCAUUUUUGCUGUCCUCGAGAAGGAGACAGGUCCGGAGAUCAUUCUGCAGAAGCAGUUCCGGCCACCCGUGAACAAGGUCACAAUCGAGGUGCCUGCAGGACUGGUCGAUGAGGGCGAGACCGCUGAGGAGGCUGCAGUUCGCGAGUUGCGUGAGGAGACCGGCUAUGUGGGCAAGGCCACUCUGACGACGCCGGUAAUGUUCAACGACCCUGGUUUCUGCAACACCAACCUGCGCAUGGUCCACGUCAGCAUCGACGUGAGCCUGCCCGAGAAUCAGAACCUGAAGCCGCAAUUGGAGGAGAGCGAGUUCAUCGAGGUCUUCACCGUGCCGCUGACAAAUCUGUACGCCGAGUGCAAGAAGCUGGAGGCCGAGGGCUAUGCGAUAGACGCCAGGGUCGGUACCAUGGCCGAGGGGAUUGAAGCUGCAAAGCAUUUCAGACUAUGA